ACCGAGGUUCUGGAGUUUAAAGCAGAUCUGCGCAAGAAGAUGAAGCUCUGUCGGACCGAGCAGUAAGGAUUUCAGUGAUUUGACUUUAUACAAGAGAAGAGAGGACAUAUAUAUCUGCCAGUCAGCUUUAAACGUAUUCCAGGAUGCCUCGUUCAUUCCUAGUAAAGAAGCAUUUCAAUGCAGCCAAGAAACCGAAUUAUAGAGAACUGGACAGUCCAACAGUGUUUAUUUCUCCAUAUGUCUUAAAAACCCUCCCGGUGCCUGUUAUACCUGAAGUGUUAAGCCCGGUGUCGUACAACCCCAUUACAGUUUGGACUACCAGCAACCUGCCCCUGUCACCCCUGCCCAGUGACCUGUCCCCCAUCUCCGGAUACCCCUCGUCCUUCUCCGAUACAUCCUCUAAUAAAGACCACAGCGGUUCGGAGAGCCCCAGAAGCGAUGAAGAUGAGCGGAUACAGUCGACUAAACUGUCAGACGCUGAGAAGUUUCAGUGCAGUUUGUGCAACAAGUCCUACAGCACGUAUUCCGGACUCAUGAAACACAAGCAGCUGCACUGCGACGCACAGACCAGGAAAUCAUUCAGCUGCAAGUACUGCGAGAAGGAAUAUGUGAGUCUAGGGGCCCUAAAGAUGCACAUAAGGACACACACGCUGCCGUGCGUUUGCAAAAUGUGCGGGAAAGCUUUCUCCAGACCUUGGUUGCUGCAAGGACACAUUAGAACGCACACAGGUGAGAAACCCUUUUCAUGCCCCCACUGCAGUCGUGCAUUCGCAGACCGGUCCAACCUCCGAGCUCACCUGCAAACUCACUCAGACGUGAAGAAAUACCAGUGCAAGAACUGCUCCAAAACGUUCUCCCGCAUGUCGCUGCUGCACAAACAUGAGGAAUCUGGCUGUUGCAUUGCACACUGAGACACACACAAACACGUUCACUAAAGUGCCUCCGAUCGUGAACACUGAUCUUGGAUCUGCUCUUCCUGUCAGUUUACUCGUGGUAAACUGGAUACGAAGUGCAAAAUGCAUCCCAAAAGCAAAUAAAAAAUGCACCGCCCCAGGAUCUGAAUGAAUAAAGCGUUUGUGGAGUCAGAUUCCAACCAAGUAAAACUGACCCAAAACAGCCUUUCUGCUUUAAGUUUGGUUCCUGGAGAACAUUCGACACCCUCAGAAAGGAAACGGCACAAAAACUGGCGAUCUUAAUUCAUUAACUAAGAAGCCUUUUCAUUUCAAUGUAAAUGCAGAUUCAUGUGCCCGUCAUGUGCCUUCCAUUUCAACAGUAUUCGCCCUGUCUGGGUCGGGUUGAUGUGUACUGUACAUUUGUUUACGGAUACGUACUAUUUGGGAGGUUUUAAAUGCGUAGCCUCUCUAAUAAGCAAUAAUUUAUAGCGGUUUAUGCCUGUGACUGAAUGUUAAAUGGGUAACGGUCACUUUUUGUUUCUUUUUUUUCUUUUCUGAGAGGUAAUCGGUCAGACAUUUCACACCAUAGAUGGUGACACACCAAUGAGCUUGAGACCAAAGGAAUAAUUAAUGCCAUGUUUUUAAACGGGGAACAAGUGCAAAAUGAUGUUUUCUUGCAUUAAAAGUAUUUGAACUGUUGUGCAAUCAUAACGCAACCACAGAUAACCAGCACUCAGACAUGCAAUACUUUGCCAUGUGCCUUUUUUUUAUCAGGAACUUCAGAGAUUUUGCCAUGUAAUUGUUUAGUUGAAUGUAUAUGACACUGAUUUGAUUGUACUUUGUAUUGCAAAGUGUAAAUGAAUGGUAUGAUUUUGUACAAAAAAUAAAAUUUACACUUUUUGAAUAA